AAAUAGUGUUCCAUUUUACGUGAAUACGGCUGUAAAAUAUUCAUCAUUCAUACAGGUUUAUCAUGGGUAAUGCUCAGGGAAGAACUAGGGAUAGAGGAUCCGACUCUAGUUAUUCUGGUGGAACCUCUGGUCAUAAUGGGCCUUCAUUGAUGGGCUUUGGACUGGGUCAUGCUAGUGCUAGCAACAGCAACAUGUACAACAGUGAGCCUAUGGAUUCUAUGCCUCCUCAGCUUAUUGAUGGCGGUCUAACCAUGUCCCAAGGAGCUCUAUAUUCAACAACCUCAGCCGACUAUGACAGAGCUAUUGUACGACGUUUGGUUAUUGAACGCAGACUGGCUCCUUUUUAUCGAGGCAUGAAUUGCGAUACUGACAUUCCUUGUCUACCGGAUGGCUUUGUUGCUAAUCCCACUCCUGGCCCUACUCCAUCUGUAGUCAUGUCUGCUGCAGCAACCUCUGCUAGUAUUCCAAUUUCCUUAGAACCCACUUCAAGCAUGACUGCCAGAUCUCACUCCGAAUCCUACCUUGCUUCAAUUAAUGCCGAAGCUGGUCCCCAACCUAUACUUGCAAACAGCACCGCUGAAGACCAUGGCACCGUCUUUCCCCAAUAUCAGCCUACUCAAACCACCACUCUUUCAGACCCAGCUGCCAUUAAAAUCUCCCUCAAUACUCCUGCUAUAUUUUCUACCACUGGAAAAUCUACUGGGCGAAGUUUAACUUCGUUGGUCAGAAACAGAACAUCUGCUAUUUUAAGCACCUCACCUGGCUCAAUGGGAAUUGGACAACGAUCAUUAUCUACAAACGCUCUAACUGAAAUCCCACCUCGACAAAUAUCCCUAGCUCAGCUCUACAAAACUCCUAUCGAAUGCCCCAUUUGUUUUUUGUAUUAUCCAAAAAACAUCAAUUUUACAAGAUGUUGCGAUCAUCCUAUUUGUACGGAUUGCUUCAUUCAAAUCAAACGAUCACAAACCACUUUUGAACCUGCCGAGUGUCCCUAUUGUGUUGUGCCCAAUUUUGGAAUAACAUACAGCCCUAUAGGAUCAAUGGGAUACAUGCAGAGAUAUGAUCUUUCAUACAGACCACCUGGUUCAUCGCAAGCACAACACCAAGAUGAUGCCACGUGUAUGAGUGCAUCUACAGGCGAAAAUUCUACAGCAUCUUCAUCGCUUAUAGCCCAUGGCCGAAGGAGAAAAAGCAUUAGUUUUGACAAUCCAGCCGUUGUUCUGUCUGAUGAACUCAGACCCAACUGGCAGCAUCAGAAACAUCAAGCCGCUAUGGGGCGUGUUUUGAAUCAACGGCGACACAUUUUGCCAGGACAUAUACGGCCUAAUGUACUCGGUGAAGCCGAAAUCACAAGUGCAGCUACAGCAGCAGCCGAUUUACUGGAGACAUUGACGCGCUUUGAAAAUGCUUCGUCAUCAUCAGAGCGACGGGCAGUUCGUCGUGCAGCUCGGGAGACACAGAGAGACAGCUCAUAUUCAUAUCUACAAGCCAUGAGACAUAUGGGUGCAGAUAUCGAAGAGUUGAUGGUUUUGGAAGCCAUCCGUCUUUCUUUGGCUACUUCAAACGAUCCACUAUCAUCCACAAUGGAUAUUGAAGCUGCUGAAACAUCAGCAGCGCUUUCUCAGAUUCAAUCUAUUGAUGACACACAAGAUAAUCUUGCAUCAAGAAUAGAAAGAAGACCAGAAUCGGAAGGGGUAUCGGCAUCGCCCGAUCAUUCCUCAUCUAUUCCACAGUUACAUUACACAGAUGCAUCUGAAAGCAAUUUGGGGAUAUCAGAGUCUAUGGGCAAUACCACUCAUGCAAUAUCGCUGAAUGAUCAUCUCGAUAAUGGUCUUGUAGGAUCAUCAGCCUUGUCUGUAGUUGCCGCAUCUUUAGAGACUAGUCACUCUAAUGCACAAACAUUUGAUACAUCGAGCUUGCGAACAGAUCGGUAUAUUCAUGUCACUCUUGAGCCUAUGGACUCGACAUCCGAUGGAGGCGAGGUGUCAUCAACUAUUCUAGAUGAUGGAUCAGAGAUGACCACGACAGAAAAUGUAUUACAGCCUCAAGCCAUGCGAAUACUUGCAAUAUCCACUCGAGAUGAAAAUGCACGGCGUGAUGCAGAUGCAGAUGAUGCAGUGAGUUUUGAUAGUUUGGCUGCACGCAAGAGUAUGUUGAGUGAUGCUGAUGGCGAGGGCUCGCAACAUACUCCCGAGUCACAUGUAGCUAUUGGAAGCCAUGAUCCAAAGUUUGGACCAGAUGACGGGGAAAGUGUACAACCUUUUUUGGGGGCGGCCAAUGAAUAAGAUAUCAUAUGAAUGGGUUUGUUGAAAUAAACAAUGCCAAAAAUGCUCUAGUUUC